GCGAGGAUUAUGAGCUUGAAGGAGAAUAUGUAGGCGAUAUUACUGCGCACCUUCUAGGUGAGCCAUGAUUUACGCAUUUAUGGGACCAUUGCAUUAGCAUCUCUGUGGUAAUUGGUGGUUGAAUGAGCGUAUGGAGCCCGGCGAAUUCAGAGUUUUUUGAUUCUCCUCUGUUUAUACUAUUGUUUUUGGAUAUUGUGCAGGGCUACCUUUGGACAGUUAUUGGGACUUGCAUGAUGGAUCCUACCUUUUGUUUCACAAUUUUUGGAAGUUUGAAAUACAUGAUGCGACGUUCUGUCUCUCCUCUGUUUCAUGCGUUCGAAGUAGAAAUGCACCACUCAUGAUGAUUUGAUGACUUGACAUAAACACCUGUCUAAUUGAAUAUACACCGUAUUCCUUUCUG